GUUGGCGAGUUGGGGGCGGAGACUGGGGGCGCGACGGAGAGUGAGGCGGCGCGCGCGGCUCCGCCCAGCUCGCUAACGGACGCUUCUGAGAGGCUUGAGCGCGCUCGUGCUGCGGUCGAUCUCGCGGGGCCUGUCGGGAUACGCGCGCUCAGGGGUCGUUCUCGCCAUGUCGCAUAAGCAGAUCUACUACUCGGACAAGUACGACGACGAGGAAUUCGAGUACCGGCACGUGAUGCUGCCGAAAGACAUUGCGAAGCUGGUUCCCAAGACCCAUCUCAUGUCUGAGUCGGAAUGGAGGAAUCUUGGGGUGCAGCAGAGCCAGGGCUGGGUUCACUACAUGAUCCAUGAGCCAGAGCCUCACAUCCUGCUUUUUCGAAGACCCUUGCCAAAGAAGCCAGAAAAGUGACUCGUGGGGCAAACGUUCAUUGGAAGUUGUAGAUACAAGCACCUUUUUAAAUUGAAGCCCCGUGUUUCUGGGCUUCUAUUUUAAUUUAACAAAUGUUUCUCUACGUUUUCCAAAAGAAUACCUCUGGACGAGACCCACAUGGGGGUCUUCCUCUCUUCAGGACUGUCUGUCAAAUGGGACUGAACCGGCUGAUUAAACAGACUUCAUAACAGUUGAAACGCAAAAUGUUUUUACACUGCCUUUCACGGCUGAAGGCUGUUACCUUUUUACACAGUGGGUCUAGUUUGGUUUUUAAAUCCAGGGGGUUGGUCUGUGUAUUUCUCCGGUUGGAUUUCUUUUUAACGCGUGUAUUUUAAAUUUUAUAUUUCAAGUUCUCCUUUUGGAAAUUUUAAAAGUUAUUCUGAAGAUGACUGUUCUUAAGGCUCUUUCAAUAAAGCCCCAAGAUUUUA